GGUAUUUUGCCCAGCUGUGUAACGAGCAGCACCCAUUUGUUCUGAAAGUUGUGGAACACAAACUCCGUGCUUAUGCCAUUUAUGUCUAUUGCAAAUUGCUUGUCAAAGCCACAUUUAUCGUUUUUGGUUUCAAACUCGCACAUUUCGAAGCUACAAAAAGCAAAAUUUGUAUAAUUUUUUUGUUUGUUUCGAUAAACAUAUGAUUCCAGGGACAACUGUUGCGGAGCUGCUGCUUAACAGCGUGGCACACUUUGUUCUGGUUAAGCAGGGCCUCGCUGGGAUGCUGGGUUGUGCAAGUAUUAAAGUGCUUUAUUUUUGCGCAAUAAAUAAAAAGUAAACGAAACAACACAAAUUUGAAUUUCAGCAGCUGCCACUUGCAUUGGACAAAACGAUAACAGAGUGAGUCGGCGCUUAUUCUCGGCAAGUGCGAGUUGCCCAACACUGAAACUAUCGUCUCGAAAACACGAGCAGCACUAAACCAAUUGCUCUUUCAAGUGAGGCAGCUUCGAUUUUAAGCUAACAGAGGGCGCCACAAUGGGUCGCAACGCAUUUUUAAAAAUGGUUGCCAAGACGAAUUUGUUGUUAAAUCGAUAGAGGGCGCCACAAUGGGUUGUAACGCAUUUUUAAAAAUGGUUGCCAAGACGAAUUUGUUGUUAAAUCGAUAGAUAUAGAUGUAGAAGUAGAUAUAUAGAGCUUGCGAUGUCGUGCAUCUGCCUUGGACCCAAGCGUGCUGGUAAAACGCAUCUGCUCAAGGCGCUGCAGGAUCCGGAGUCCAUAGAUGAGACGAGCUACUCCAUGCCCACCAUUGGCACCGGCAUCUUUCGCAUUUUUUUCCCUGAAAAGUCAAAACAUGCCGACAGACACAAACCACCGCCGCCGCCGCCGACAGCUGAUGCCACGCCCCGUGGCGGCAAGCAUCUGGCCAAGUUUAUACAAGUGCUCGAGAUUGGGGGCAGCAUGGCGCCGCUCUGGCGCCAGAGCCAGUACUUCGAGGAUGUCAAGAAGCUCAUCUAUGUGGUGGAUGCGUCCAAUCUGUGUCAGAUAUCAGCUGCAGGCGUGCUCUUCUAUUCGAUUCUCACGGAGCCGCGUCUGCAAAAGGUGCGAAUCCUUUUGGUGCUGACCAAAAUGGACUACUCCUAUCGCCAGAUGCGCAACGAGGCGCUGCUCAUGCUGCAAAUGUCCAAGCUACAGAAACAGAUACGACAACAGGUGACCAUUGUGGAGGCCAGCGCCGUCACCAAGGUGGGCCUGAACAGCAUCUACGAAUGGCUCCAGAGACCCUAAAGGGGAUUAUAUACAGCACAUAUAUAUUUGCAAAUA